CUUUGUUAUCGUACUCCAGAUCUACCCUCAUGAGAUUCAACAAAAGCGGAUGCCGGGAAGAAGGAUGCUGCUCUCUUAACUGCUCUCUUAUUGCCUGCUCCAGAAUAGCCUACACGUAUGGAGACUUUGCAAUUGCAUUCCGAAGUACAAAGAAAGAUGCAAAGCAAUCUGACAAAGGUCAUAGGGACGUUGGCCAACUCGCCAACUGGGAAUUCAUCACUCGAGGACAUUUUCAUAACCAGCAAUUCUUGCGAUCUAACCAGUACGCCAAAAAUAAAAAGUACAUCUAACCUCCACAAUGCAAACAUCUAACGCCCUCCAUAUAGAACUCUCAAUUUUCCCAGCGAUACAUCCAGUUCCCUUUGGACUAGCACAAGCACCUGCUUGUUGCUCAAUGGUUGGGUGGGCCUGCAGAAUCCAGCCUGAUUUACCACUUCUCCUAUACCAAGAAAUCUAGCCGUCUGUUCUAAGCUCUAUAAACUUUCC